CAUUUCCCCACUCAACUAGAAAUGACUUCACACAAAUACAUAUAUACUAUAGGGUUCAUCCAUUGUCCCGAAACCAACCAAAUACUUCUUUUGAACCGUCAAAAGGCCCCAUGGAUGGGGAGGUGGAAUGGAGUUGGAGGUAAAUUGGAUGUGAAUGAAAGUCCAUUAGAUUGCAUCAUUAGAGAAACUCAAGAAGAAACCGGAUUGUUACUUCCUCAAUAUAUACCUAGAGGGGUUUUAACGUGGAUAAAAGAUGGUGAAGAUAAAGGAGGUGCAUAUCUUUUCACAGCCUCUGUGACGGCACAAGUUUUUGAGGAAUAUGUUACACCAAAGGUGUAUUGUCAUGAAGGAAUAUUAGACUGGAAGAAAAUGGAUUGGGUCUUGCAUGAGGAAAACACAGGUAUUGUGGAUAAUGUAAAGAUAAUGUUGAAACAUAUCUUCACCUCUGUUGAAGAAGAUAUGUUUGUUGCAACAUAUUCAGGGAAACAAUUAUUAGGCGUGGACUAUAUACAAAAGUAAAAAUAAAUUAAAAUCAUUGUAUUUUAUGCUUUAUCUAUGUAGUGUAUAAAUGGGGGUGGAGGUGAUAUUUUAGAGGAGAUGAUGUGAAGGAAGUAGGUUACGUUUUGU